AUGCUCUCCCACCUUCUGUUAAUUGCUUUCAUUUUGAACCCCUUUGUGAUAACCAGUCCCCUUGGUGGAACCCGUGCCAGGGGCAGAUGUGCCCCCACGUUCAUAAGAACCCACCCCUUUCAAAUAGCAAAAAGUCAAAUUCAACAAUUGUACAGAAAAAAGGGGACUUAUGUAAUCCGUGCAAGAGGUGGGCACCACGAGAAGGAGAGUCGAAAAGGGACAAGACGAGACAAACGCAGAAAUGGAAGCUCUAGUGACCACAGGGAAGAUACUAAACCUAAGCGGGAAUCUACCCCUAUUAGCAAGGACUCCGUGAGGAAGCACGACAGACGCAAGCACACCUAUAAUACGUCCAGCAUUUCAAACAGGAGAAAAAAAAAAUAUACAAAGGAGGAAGUCAAAGCGGAGAAGGAAAAACAGUUGAAAGGUAAGUUCAGGAGAAAAAAAAAUUACCAGGGAAUUCUAAAAAAGGAGAAGAAGCAGGACAGAAGGAUCAACCAUACGGAUGGUGGUGAGGAGGUCGACAGGAAAACAGAUCUGCCUAAUGGCAGGGGGGGAGAUUCGCCAAAUGAGGGGGCCACCAGGGAAAAGCGAAACCGCGGUGGAAGGAGAACCAACCGAGGAAGACGAACCCUUUCUCAGAAGGAGCAGAAAAUCCUGGACAUGUUUCAGAAUGACCUGAACGAGUCUAUUGAAAGGCUAAAUAAAAAGACGAGAAAAUAUGAACUGUGCAGGCAAAAUGAAAACUUGAAAAGCGGACUGCAGGGCAACGAAAUACUACGCAAGGUAUUAUCGGUUGGCAGAAGCGGAAAGAGGAAAGAAGGGAGAAAACCGAGAGGGAGUCUUGCCAGUGAAGAUUCUCCUCAGAUGAAUAGGGGCGUCUGCAAAUAUGUGGACGACAUUAGCGAUGACGCAGGGGGGGAACAAAUUAAACAUUCAGGUGAGAGGACCAAAAAGGAGAGAAACGCGCAACAGAAGGUGCAACUGCAUUCAUCACCAUAUCGAGAAGCAAGAACCCAAAAAGGGAACACACACAGUAAGGGAAGGAAGACAGCAUUGGAAGAAACGAACAUGACAAAGUUGAGCCAAAGGAAGGGAAGAAACCACCCCCAGGAAGAAGACACUGAUAAGGACGGAGAAACAAACGAAAGAAUCCACAACGAUGAAGUCGAAGGAGAAAACUUAAAUCAAAAAAGGGCUGUUAUUAAAAUAGGAAAAAGUGUAGACCCCUUUAGAAGGAGAAUUCACAUCGAUUACGACAGUUGCUCUCUGAGCGAUGAGGUGCGUAAACGACUGGCCAAGUUUAGCAGCAUCAUCGAUUUGAAUGCAAACGGAGGGGGGAAGAAGCGCAACACAGAGGGGGGCACGACGGAGGAAGCAACGAAGGAAACAACAAAGGAAGAGACGAAUUGCACGACGGAAGAGUACCGCACCUUUGCAGACCUAGGCAUCUGUGACAACUUCCUGAACGUCUACUUAAAAUACAACGGUAUUGAAAAACCGACGGAAUACCAAGCCAAGUUCAUCCCGCUACUUAUUCUUUUCAUGAAUAAUGGCUAUAGCGAUUGGAGGAAUUGCUCUGGUGGGAACGGAAAGAUGGGGGAAGCAGCCAGCUUGGGAGGGGCCUACCCCCCUGUUGAGCGCAUAAUCUACGUGAACAAAUACAACGAACGGAGUGGGAAACUCAUUCGGACCUUCUUCCUUCAUUGCCCCACGGGGACUGGAAAGACGUUCAUAUACGUCCUUCCUCUGUUCCAGCACAUUAUGAAUGUGUGCUUUGGCGUGACCCCGUGUUUGGAGGAAGCGACAAAAGGGGGGCAGCCCGCAUAUGUUGGUGCGAAUUCUGAUGUAACUUCGAAUGGCACAUCCGCUUCGUGCACCGAAUCAACCUCUUCUUAUGAGAGCACCCCCCAAGACGGGGAAACCUUCUACGUGAGGAAGGAAAUUAACGCCGACGUGACUUCCUUUUUCUGCUCCAACGUGAAGCAAGAGGAGCAGCAUUUUAUCACCCAAAAUAAGCGUAACGUAGCGGCAAUGAUGAACACCCUAAUCAGGAUGAACCCCUCCGGGGAAGUGAAACAACCCAACUGUAAUGACCACAUGGUGGGAAAAAAAACCCCCCCGUCAGAUAAGCACCCCAAAAAUGACGUCCUAAUUGUUACAUACAAUAAAGAACUAGCCGUGCAGAUAUAUCACCUGUGUAAAGAUUUAAUCGAAUCGUUUUUCAAGUCUUCCAAGUCGAAGUUCUUCGAGUUUAAUGACUCCCUCAUGUGGUCCCACUUGCCCAACGUGGACCCGCAAAGGAAGACCUUACUGGAGCGCUUAAAUGUGAACUUUAAAAAAAAAAAAAAUUUUAACGUGCAUUUACUAAUAGGGGGGAACAACAUCAAGUACCAGUUGAAGGGGUUGAAACGGCCCAAGGUGCACUUGACGGGGGAAAUCGCACCAGAGGGGGAGGCAUCGGUGGACCCAUCCCAGGAACCCUUGCCCACAGUAGAAGAAGACCUCAUCGAGCACGUGAACAUCUACGUAGGAACACCAGGCAGGUUAGAAAGGCUAAUCAAUGAAAGGCAAAUCAUUAACCUGGAAAAUAUUUCAACCAUCGUAUUUGAUGAAUACGAUUUUUUUUUUAAUUCCUUUCGGGGGAAGGGUAGUGAAGAGACAAAGACAGACAAAAAACCUCACGUGGAAAAUGAAUUUUUUUCAAAAAUAUUAAGAAGCAUAUAUAGUACUACGAAGAAGGGUCAGCCUGGGAAGGGUCCUCUCCCCCCGUGGACUUCCCUCACCAACGUCAUUUGCUGCAGCGCAACUCCAGCGGUGUAUUCCUACUUGACCUUCACACGGCAUAUCAUUACGACGAACUUUUUACGCCACCUCCAUGGGGGGAACGAAUCGGUGGGAAAGGGAGCAAUUGUGCAGGAAGUAGCCCCAAUGGGGGAAGCAGUACCUAUGGAAGAAACAGUACCUGUGGAAGAAACAGUACAUGUGGAGGGAGAAGCAUCCAGUGGAGGGUACUCACGUCGAAAAAGCCUCCCACCGGGGGACCGACCCCCCAUUGACCGCAAACUGGAGGAAAGUAUGUUAAACGGAUUGUUCAACCUAAAGGAGUUCGGAAAGAUUCCCGAGAACCUGAUUCACCUAAAUUACACCUACGAUAAGAGGAACCGAGAAUGGAGCAACAGCGCCACAAUAAACUUUUUAAAUGUACUCUUUUCGAACCCCCUGCGGAAGAACGUCCUGGUGUUUUGCAAUACCAAGAAACGCGUCAUGGACCUGUGGAGCCUCUUCCGGAACCGAUUCGACGUAGAUAUCCAGACCAUCUUCGCAGAGAAAGACAAAAAAAGAAAAAAAAUAUUCAAGGCUAUUAACUACGCCAACUUUUUUAAGAACGACCUGGUGGAUUACAAAAAUUUGAAAAAAUACGUGAACUUUAUGUUCCUCUCGACAAACUUGCUCUACCGGGGGAUCAACUGCAUGGGCUUCACCACCAUCGUGAACUUUGAUAUGCCUUCAGACCCCACGGAGUACGUCCACCGGUGCGGAAGAAUAGGAAGGAUUAACAACAAGGGCAUCAUCAUUAACAUUUUUGAAAAGAGCUUUCGGCGCACAUACAAGAGAAGGAUCUUUUCCAAGCUGGGCAUCCAUCCUUACGACGUCGACUGCUACAUGAACAAUCUGUUCACGCUGGGGGGGGACGAACUUCAGGGCGACGUCGGGAAAGAAGUUUGGAAAGAAAUUGACGACGUUGUCGAAGUUGAAUCGAAAUUUUUCGUGCACAUCUUUUACCUCCCUUCCCCCCUAUUGACCACGCUGUUAUUUUCCCCGAUGAACUGCGCCUUCCUGUUUUAUGGCAAGCCCUGCAGCGGGAAGGACACCUUCAUAAAUCUACUCCUCAGGAAGAGGAAGCAGCUGCAGUUGUUCCUCUUCCUUUUUAACCAUUUGGUCCACAAGGAUGACUCCAACGUACGUUUAAGGGAGAAGAUAUUUUUUAUCCAACUUAUUAAAUAUUACUAUCGGAUUGGAAGGCGGAAGAGCAACGUUUCCAUAUCUUUUUGUCAUGGGGGGGAGACUGAACGGAAAGUGUCUUUCCGCUUUUUGGUCCAUCUGACGAAACAUCUCCUUCACAUUUGGAGGAACUCUGGGUGGGACCCGGGUGCGGGCUCUAAAGGGGCUAAAAAUGGAAGGGCAAAAAAACAACCCCCACGUGGAGCUCCCCCAAAAGGGAGCACCCGUCAACUUUACCCAACCCGGCGAAGAGUCCCCCAAAGGAAUCCCCUCAGGAGAACUGAGCUGCCCAACCAGUCGAUCUUCCCCCUCAUUUGCUACUUGUACGAACAGAAAGAUGAAUGGAUGUCCUAUUAUCGUUCCUACCUACGUAGGAAUAAAAUAAAAACUUUUAACGUAUCGUUAGAUUUUAUAGAAAAGCAGUUAUAUCGUGGACAUCCACCGAAAGUGACCUCCUUAAAUUCAUCGAAAGUUGAUCAAAGGGAACUUCAUCUGCUACUGAACAGGAGGUACACCGUCUAUGGGAGGGAGAAACAUGAUCGGGGUGUCUAUUACCCUAUUGUAAAAAGGACGACAAUCAAGGGAGGACACAAUAUGCUGAUCAGGGGGGCCAUCCAUAAAGAAGAAAAAGGAACAAACAUGGCAAAAAAACCGACUUGGGCUAACCAAGUUAAGUACUGGAGAACGGCCAGACGUAUUGCCUACGCCUACUGUGCAUCCCUAAUGCAGGCGAAAAAUCAACGGAGUAGUAACAACCCCUGUGGGGUAAAGGCUGAGCAUGUCUUUAUCCUCCUUAACGACACAUUCCACUUGCCCUCAAUGAGGAAGAAGUACUACCUUUUGUGCAGGAGGUACCACUUUAACUACGCGCAAAUUUACCUAAAUGCGCUCCUAAAAAUAUGUUUAGAACGAAACCGACACAGAAAAAAAUUCAAACCCAUAGCAGACAAAACAAUUGUGCGGAACCACUUUUAUCACCAGAAAUAUGCCGUCCGUUUUAGGGAGGCAAGCCAAACGAGAUCACCCAACCUGGUUACUGUCGUACGUGGGGGUAGGAAGUGGCAGAAGAAGGUUUUCUCCAUUCAGGUGGACUCCUCAGUUCCGCAAAAGGUUUGCCGUGUGGAUGCCGUCUUAAAGGAUAUAAACUUUACAACUGCCCAUAUGCAUCCCCCUACGCGCAGUAGAAAAGACAUAUGUGCAUUUACCACCACCCCGAAUCAGCUUACAGAUACAUUGCGACUCAUCUAUAACCAUUUGGACGAAUUUAGAAAUAAGACUUGGCGGAACCAGACUAAAAACGUGCAGGAAGUAAAGCGGGAUAAUCUUCCAAACCGCCUGGAUAUGUUAAACCUUAUGGUUAACAGAAUAAUUCACGAGAAGUUGAAGUCCCUCCCGAAUGAACGGAAGAAUGAAUGUGCCAAGAAAUUGCGCGUAAUUAAACUGAGGCUCUUAAAAGAAUGUAGGGAUGGUAGGGAUUAUUCCAUGAAGGACCUCGAUGAUAUGUUUCAUGUGGAGUAG